AUGACGCCAAUAACAUUUAUUAAUGAAGUUCCAGAAGAAGAAGUUAUUUUUUAUGAAACAACUGGUUUACUCCCAGAAUUACAAUAUGGUAUACCAAAAGAAGUUGAACAAGUUACUAAAACAGUAACAGUCGUACAUGAACUAACACCAACUGGAAAUGAUAAAAAAACAACUAAAGAAAGAGUUACAAAAAGAAAGGGUAAUAAACAAACGGUUACUGAAAUUAUUACAAUAGAUGAAAUGGAUAAAUUGCCAUUAUGCUUUGUAAAUGAAGUUCCAGAAGAAGAAGUUAUAUUCGAUGAGACAACUGGGGUACUUGCAACAUUGGAAUAUGGAAGGCCUAAGGAAAUAGAAACAGUCAAGGAAGAAAUAACCCUUGUACAUGAAAUAAUGCCGGCUGAAAAAGAAAAGAAAACAACUAAAAAACGGAUAACAACACGUAAAGGAUCAAAACAAUCAGUGAUCGAAAUUGUUAAAAUAGAAGAAGCAGGGGAAGCACCAAAAAUAAUUAUUAAUGAAAUACCCGAUGAAGAAGUUAUAUUCGAAGAAACAACGGGAUUAUUACCGAUGACUGAAUUUUGUAAACCUAUUGCUAGUGAAGAAAUUAAAGAACAAGUGCUAGUUAUGCAAGAUGUAACGUCGGAAGGUAAAGAUAGAAAGACAAUUAAGAAAAAAGCAAUAAAACAAAAAGGCCGCAGAAAAUCAGUAAUUGAAACGAUUAUAAUUCAUGAAGAAGGAAAGAAACCAAUUUCUUUUGUACAUGAAACACCGGUAGAAGAAGUUAUCUUUGAUGAAACAACAGGCGUACUUCCAUCGACUGUGUACGUGAAACCAACUGAAACAGCCGAAAUAAAAGAACAAAUAACAGUUGUACAUGAAACAACACCAGAAGGAAAAGAAAAAAAAACUACUAAAAAACGAAUUACAAAACGAAAGGGAAGAAAACAAUCAGUAACUGAAAUAAUAAAAAUUGAAGAAGACGGUAAAAUACCAAUUACAUUUAUUAAUGAAGUCCCAGAAGAAGUAAUAAUUUUCAGUGAAUCAACAGGUGUACUUCCUGUCACUGAAAGUGCACAAGCAGAACAACCUGUGGAAGUGUCGAAACAAGUAACACUUACACAAGGAGUAACACAAGAAGGAAAAGAACAAAGAACAUUGAAAAAAAGAACCACUAAACGCAUAGGACCUAAGCAAUCAGUAACAGAAUUAGUAACAGUUGAAGUUGCAGGAAAACCACCAAAAACAUUUGUAAAAGAAGCUCCAGAAGAAGAGAUUGUAUUUGAUGAAAGAACAGAAUUAAUUCCUGUCACUGAAUAUAAUAAACCUGAACAAACUGCAGAAAUUUCAGAACAAAUAACUAUUUUAUUAGAAAAAAUACCAGAAGGAACAGAUAAGAAAACAACAAAGAAACGAGUAACAAAGCGAAAGGGACGUAAACAAUCUGUGACGGAAAUGGUUACAAUUGAAGAACAUGGAAAGCAUCCAAUUUCUUUUAUUAAUGAGGUCCCAGAAGAAGAGAUUAUCUUUACGGAAACAACAGGUUUACUUCCAGUAACUGAAUACGCAAAAUCAAGAGAAACAGCUGAAAUUAUGAAACAAACAAUUAUUAUGCAAGAAAUAACACAGGAAAAAAAGCAUAAGCAAACUGUAAAACAAAUAGUUAAAAAACGGAAAGGGCCUAAGGAAUCAUUAUCUGAAGUUGUAACGAUAGAAGAAGAAGGAACAGAAGCACCAAUUAUUAUUGUAAAUGAAGUUCCAAAUGAAGAAAUAAUCUUUGAUGAAAUAACAGAAUUAAUUCCCGUUACAAAAGAUGAUAAAAUUAAAGAACAUGUAGAGGUAUCUGAACUAAUCACUGUUUCACAAGAAAUAACACCUGAAGGACAAGAUAAAAAAAUAACUAAAAAGAGAAUAACCAGAAGGAGAGGACCCAAACAAUCAAUAACUGAAAUCAUUAAAAUCGAAGAAGAAGGUAAGGAGCCCAUAAUUUCCAAACAAGAAGUUCCAGAGGAGUUGAUUAUACAUGAGGAAAGUACCGACUUACUUCCAAUUACAGAAUCUCAAAAACCUGAAGAAUUAGAACAAAUAAAAGAACAAAUAAUGAUUACACAAGAAUUAACGCCAGAAGAAAAAAAUAUAACAACAACUAAAAAAAGAAUCGUAAAAAGAAAAGGACCUAAGCAAUCAGUAACUGAAAUAAUAACGGUUAAAGAAGCUGAUAAAAUACCAAUUACAUUAAUAAACAAUUUUCCAGAAGAGGAAAUUAUAUAUGACGAAAAAACUCUUAUUAUACCAACCAAUGAUGAGGACAUUGAUAUUAAUGUUACUAGAAAGAAAUCUAAAAAGAAAAAACCAGUUAAGAAAAAAGCUGAUUACGAAGAAUGGGUAGAACCGGAAUAUACUCCAGCCGUAUUGGAACCGAUGCCAGAAAAAAUUCAAUGGGAUACAAAGAAGCCAAAAGAUAAGCAGAAGAGAACUCCAGAACUGCAAAAGCUUGUACCUAUGAAAAUUGAAAGAAAAGAAAUAAAGCCUAUUAAAUUAAAAAUUACCGAACCUACUGAAGUAGCUCAAUAUCCUGGAAUGAAAUUGAAAAAGGUGACUAUUCCAAAGAGGAAAGAAUCGAAAGCUGUUAAAGUACCGAAGAUUCGAUUAAAAAGCAGAAUCAUCCUCAUAUCAGACUGGCCAACACCACUACAAAUACCAAUAUUAACGAUAUUAGAAGAAAAUCCCCUUCAAAGUGGUAUUCUAUCGAGAAAUAUAGAUGAAGCGGAAAAAAUUUUAAAGAAGAAAUAUAAGAAGAAAAAGUUACCGGGUAAAGAUAUCAUUGACCUAGAAGAACUGGAUAAAGAAUUUGAUGAUUUGAAAAAGAAACCUCUGGAGAAGGUAGAUGAUUUAAUGCCUUACGAGAAACGAAAAAAGACGCCGAAAGAUCAACCAUCGGAAGAGGAUAAGAAAUUAAAAUUAGGUAAAGGUAAAAUCCCUAAAGAUGACAGUGUACCAGAAGAUAUACAUUUAAAGAAAGUCCCCGAGAAGAAAGAGAAAUCUGUUGACAAGAAGGAGAAAAAACCAAAAUUAAUAGAUGAACCGAUGGAUGUCGAUAAAGAAAAAGAAGAUAAACCAGAGACUACUAUACAACCAUUAAACUUUAAACCGAGUGAUGUUGAUAACGUGGAUCUUGAAAAAUAUGAACCGGAAGAGAAAGAAAAACCAACGGAUGAAUCGCCUGAACGACCUCGAGAAAAGUACAAACGCCCCGACAAAAAGAAAAAAGAUCAGGAAAUCGAUCAUAUUCCAAUAUUGAAGGGUGAACCGAAGCCCAAAAAAUUAGAAGAUGAUACCGACGUUAAAUUUAGAGUUCCAGUACAAGAUAAACCUGAUGAAAUUCCUGAAGAAAUAACUUUGAAACCUUGGCAGAAACAAAAUGAAUCAACAUUAUUGAAAAUUGAAGAUACAAAGUUUGAAGGUCUUGACAAAACUAUUAGUCCAUCUGAAAAUGAUUCUGUCAAUAAAUUAAAUUACACACAAGACAUUUCACAACCUCUAUACAAAACACCUAAACAUAGAAAACUGCCAAUACAAGAUGAGAAUAAAACAUAUGAAGGUGAAUUCGACACAAUAAAGAAUGACGUAAGUUUAAAGAUUUGUUGUUGUUUUUAUGGGCUCGAGUUUUUUAAUUUAAUUAUACAUCUGUUAGAUAUUCAAUUACCAAAAGAAGAUAUAAAGGAAAGUGAUAACAUAUCACCUACGAAAAAAUUAAAGAAAAAGAAACCAAAAACCAAUGAUACUGUUGAAUUAAAGGAAAAGCACGCGACACAAUCAAAUGAAAAUCAGAUCCCUGAUAUAUUUGAAGAUAUUCAUGAAAUUAAACCAGUUACCGAUAAAGCAAACGAAGAAGUAUCAUUAGUAGAAUCCAUGAAUGAUAUGGGACCACUUGUUGAAACUCUUUCACAAGAUAUUUCUGCUGAUAAAUUAUGUAUAGAAACAAAACAACAAGGCCAAAUAGUGGAUGCAAACAGUGGUAUUCGGGAAAGUACUGAUGCAACAGAAGUAUUUCCAGAAAUUACUGUUACUGAAAUCAACGACAGUAUGAUAGGAGAUCAAAUAGUUGAAAAUAUCAAGGUAGCGUUUAAAAUAGAACAAUCUGUACUUCCUGAAGAAUUAUCGAAAAAUAUUAUCGAAAAUACUGAAAAGAAAAUAGAUACGGAAAUUUAUCUAGAUGACCAAAUAAAAAAUGUUAAAGAAGUCCUAACACCUACAUUAGAAAGUCCUCAUUCAGUGACAAAAGAUGAAAGUGAAUAUGCUCCCCAAACAUCAAACAUUACAGAUGAAAUCAAAGCCAAAGAUGGAAUAGAAAAGAAAAAGAAAAAACCAGUUAAGAAAAAAGCUGAUUACGAAGAAUGGGUAGAACCGGAAUAUACUCCAGCCGUAUUGGAACCGAUGCCAGAAAAAAUUCAAUGGGAUACAAAGAAGCCAAAAGAUAAGCAGAAGAGAACUCCAGAACUGCAAAAGCUUGUGACUAUUCCAAAGAGGAAAGAAUCGAAAGCUGUUAAAGUACCGAAGAUUCGAUUAAAAAGCAGAAUCAUCCUCAUAUCAGACUGGCCAACACCACUACAAAUACCAAUAUUAACGAUAUUAGAAGAAAAUCCCCUUCAAAGUGGUAUUCUAUCGAGAAAUAUAGAUGAAGCGGAAAAAAUUUUAAAGAAGAAAUAUAAGAAGAAAAAGUUACCGGGUAAAGAUAUCAUUGACCUAGAAGAACUGGAUAAAGAAUUUGAUGAUUUGAAAAAGAAACCUCUGGAGAAGGUAGAUGAUUUAAUGCCUUACGAGAAACGAAAAAAGACGCCGAAAGAUCAACCAUCGGAAGAGGAUAAGAAAUUAAAAUUAGGUAAAGGUAAAAUCCCUAAAGAUGACAGUGUACCAGAAGAUAUACAUUUAAAGAAAGUCCCCGAGAAGAAAGAGAAAUCUGUUGACAAGAAGGAGAAAAAACCAAAAUUAAUAGAUGAACCGAUGGAUGUCGAUAAAGAAAAAGAAGAUAAACCAGAGACUACUAUACAACCAUUAAACUUUAAACCGAGUGAUGUUGAUAACGUGGAUCUUGAAAAAUAUGAACCGGAAGAGAAAGAAAAACCAACGGAUGAAUCGCCUGAACGACCUCGAGAAAAGUACAAACGCCCCGACAAAAAGAAAAAAGAUCAGGAAAUCGAUCAUAUUCCAAUAUUGAAGGGUGAACCGAAGCCCAAAAAAUUAGAAGAUGAUACCGACGUUAAAUUUAGAGUUCCAGUACAAGAUAAACCUGAUGAAAUUCCUGAAGAAAUUUUGUUAAAACCUUGGACUAAAGAAAAACCUAUGCAUGAAGAAAAAAUGGAUAUUGACGAACAAAUAGGACUGCAACCAUUAGAUCAGAAACAGGAUGCUAAUACAGAUAAUAUAAAAAUGCCUUUACAAAAGAAGAAGAAACAGAAAAUAGUAAACGAGUUGAACAAAGACAUGCUUUACGAUAAACCGGAAGAUAAUACAUCAAGCCCAAUUACAGCAGCUGAAAUUUGUAAUGAACAAAUUGAAAAAUAUGAAAAAAUAAAACCUGGCAUACUCGAGAUACCUAAAAAUGUACCAGAUAUAAUACUUGCAGAUAUUACUGAACAACAAAUAAGCAAAAUUGGCAAAAAGAAGAAAAAACCAGUUAAGAAAAAAGCUGAUUACGAAGAAUGGGUAGAACCGGAAUAUACUCCAGCCGUAUUGGAACCGAUGCCAGAAAAAAUUCAAUGGGAUACAAAGAAGCCAAAAGAUAAGCAGAAGAGAACUCCAGAACUGCAAAAGCUUGUGACUAUUCCAAAGAGGAAAGAAUCGAAAGCUGUUAAAGUACCGAAGAUUCGAUUAAAAAGCAGAAUCAUCCUCAUAUCAGACUGGCCAACACCACUACAAAUACCAAUAUUAACGAUAUUAGAAGAAAAUCCCCUUCAAAGUGGUAUUCUAUCGAGAAAUAUAGAUGAAGCGGAAAAAAUUUUAAAGAAGAAAUAUAAGAAGAAAAAGUUACCGGGUAAAGAUAUCAUUGACCUAGAAGAACUGGAUAAAGAAUUUGAUGAUUUGAAAAAGAAACCUCUGGAGAAGGUAGAUGAUUUAAUGCCUUACGAGAAACGAAAAAAGACGCCGAAAGAUCAACCAUCGGAAGAGGAUAAGAAAUUAAAAUUAGGUAAAGGUAAAAUCCCUAAAGAUGACAGUGUACCAGAAGAUAUACAUUUAAAGAAAGUCCCCGAGAAGAAAGAGAAAUCUGUUGACAAGAAGGAGAAAAAACCAAAAUUAAUAGAUGAACCGAUGGAUGUCGAUAAAGAAAAAGAAGAUAAACCAGAGACUACUAUACAACCAUUAAACUUUAAACCGAGUGAUGUUGAUAACGUGGAUCUUGAAAAAUAUGAACCGGAAGAGAAAGAAAAACCAACGGAUGAAUCGCCUGAACGACCUCGAGAAAAGUACAAACGCCCCGACAAAAAGAAAAAAGAUCAGGAAAUCGAUCAUAUUCCAAUAUUGAAGGGUGAACCGAAGCCCAAAAAAUUAGAAGAUGAUACCGACGUUAAAUUUAGAGUUCCAGUACAAGAUAAACCUGAUGAAAUUCCUGAAGAAAUUUUGUUAAAACCUUCGGCAAAUGAAACAGCAGCAAAGACAGAAAACGAUAUAAUUUCCAGACAAGAUGAUAUUAUUAAAAAAGAAAAGCCUAUCAAGAAAUGCAAACAGCCUUUAGAACCUGACGAAAUAGAUGAAUUAAUUGAUUUGGCAAAACUUGAAGAAUCGGAUAAAACUACAAUUGUAACACCAACCGAUAUAGUAAAUGUUGAAAAACCGGAAGACAUUAACAAUGAUACACUACUUAAUGAGAAGCUAAAAAGCAAAGUGAAGGUUGAAGAAACUCUGGAAGAAUUAACAAUAGUGAAACCAGUCCCACAAGAUGAAGACAAAGAGGAAAAGGAAAUUCCAUUAGAAAAAGAAAUAGUAGAUGUAGAAAUUAUAGAAGAGGUUGCAAUAAAACGGAAACCCGAGAAGAAGCCAAGUAUUGACGAAACACCAGAAGAAGAUACGAUUCAUAAACAAGCAGAACUUGUCGAAGUUAAAAAAUCAGAUGAUGUUCAAACUUCUAUACCGCUUAAGAAGAAGCCAAAAAAGAAAGUUAAGGUUGAAGAAACUGUGGAAGAAUUAACAAUAGUUAAACCGGAAAUUAUCGAUGAUGUUCGUAUUAAACGGAGACCUGAAAAGAAGCCAAGUAUUGAUGAAUUUGUUGAGGAAAUAACAGUAACGAAACCAAAAGAGGAUGACACGACGGUUCCAAAAUCUGAAGAUGUCGUAGUUGAACUGCCAUUAAAGAAGAAAGAAAAUAUUGUUGCCGAUGAUUCUGCGGAUGAGAUAACGAUUCAAAAACUAAUUCCAUUAAAAAAAGAAAUAGUAGAUGAAGAAAUUAUAGAAGAGGUUGCAAUAAAACCGAAACCCAAGAAGAAACCAAGUAUUGACGAAACACCAGAAGAAGUUACGAUUCAUAAACAAGUAGAACUUGAUCAAGUUAAACAACCGGAAGAUGUUGAAACUUCUAUGCCCGUUAAGAAGAAGCCAAAAAAAAAAGUUAAGGUUGAUGAAACUGUGGAAGAAUUAACAAUUAAAAAGCCCAUACCAUUAGAAGAUGUGACAGAUAAUGUUGAAGAAUAUACUUUAAAACGAAAACCACCAAAAAUGCUGCCAAAGCCAAUUGAAGAAAUUUAUGAAGAUGUUACCAUUAAAAAACUUAGAUCGCGAAAGAAACCUCGUUCGGAUUUACCAGAAGUUACUGAAACAGAAACUGUGACAUUUAAACCACGCAAAAUAACAACUAAAGAAGAGGUUGAACAAGAAUUUAAAAUUUCACUUAAUACCUAUGAAGAAGAAAACAUUUCGUUGUCUGGAAAAGUUAAAAUAAAACCUAGAAAAAAGAAACCGACAUAUUCAGAAGAAGCUGGCGAAGAAACCAUACAAAUUAUUCAAGAAUUUGAUAAUUCUGUACCUGUUGUGGAAGAAAUUAUUGAUGAAUCAGAAGAUGAAUAUAGUAUAAAAGAACAUGAAACUAAUGAAUUGAAUUUACCAUUGAAACGAAAAUCUGUGGACAAAUGUCAAUCAUAUGCAAUAGAAGACAUAGAAGAUGAUGUUCGGUUACCGCUAAAAUCAAAUCAAAAGUAUUUGUGUGAGAAUACAGAUGAAUCAAUAGAGAUAAAGUUAAAACCUAAACGACGAGUUUCUACACUUGAAGAAGGAGAAGCGACCCUGAGCUUAUUAAAAGAAGAUAAUAUUUCUGAAGAAGAAUAUAUUGUUCAAGAUGGCGAUACAAUGUAUUCUGUUUGUUCAUAUGUAGCAGAAACGAAUGAAGCCAUUAAUUUGAUUGAAGGCGAAAAAGUCCUUGUAAUUGAACACACUAAUUCUGACUGGUGGUUUGUAAAAAAAAAUCUAACUCAAGAAAAGGGAUGGGUUCCUGCACAAUACCUCCUUGAUGAAAUACAAUAUUCUUUAUACUUACAACGAAAACUUCAUGAAAAAAUUGAUAAAUUACCUGUAUUUGAAAAACCUGCAAUUGGUGACGAAACUUCUGCUCCGCGAUUUAUAGAAAAAUUACAACCAAUACAUACACCUGAUGGUUAUACAGUGCAAUUCGAAUGUCAAGUCAAAGGAGUUCCAAGACCACAAAUUACUUGGUUCCGACAAACUGCAAUCAUUAAACCAUCACCGGAUUUUCAAAUGUUUUAUGAUGACGAUAAUGUAGCAACAUUAAUUAUUAAAGAAGUUUUUCCUGAAGAUGCAGGAACUUUUACUUGUGUAGCAAAGAAUACUGUCGGAUUUGCUUCAAGCACUACAGAAUUGAUAGUCGAAAUACCUGGAUCCGACCAUGGCUCAGAUGUAACUAUACUUUCAAGAAAAAGCUUGUCCAGAGAAUCUUCUUUAGCGGAUAUAUUAGAAGGGAUACCACCUACGUUCUCUCGACAGCCAAAAGCUAAAUGUGUACAAGAAGGAGAUAAUGUUAUUCUAGAAUGUCGACUUGUUGCAGUACCAGAACCAGAAAUUACAUGGCUCUAUAAUAAUAAAAAAUUAAGUAAUCAAGAAAAUAUGAUUAUUACAACAGAAAGUGACAUGCAUAUGUAUUGCAGUAUUAUGAAAAUUACAAAAGUAUUAAAAACACAAGAAGGAAAGUAUACAAUAGUUGCAAAAAAUAGAGAGGGAGAAGCUACUAUUGAAAUUCCUCUUAAGGUUCAGACUACUAACAAAGAACCACCAGAAAUAUUGGAACCUUUGAAACCUUUUGCUGUGAGAGAAGGAGAUACAGUAGUGCUUUCAACUCAUAUUGUUGGAAAUCCACAACCAUUAAUUUCAUGGUUAAAAAAUGGACAACCACUUUGUGAAAUGAUACCUAAAAAAGAUGGAAAUUUAAAUACAUUAACUUUUAUUCAAUCAGUAAUUUCAGAUUCUGGAGAGUAUUCUGUUGUAGCUAAGAAUGAACUAGGAACAGCAGAGACUAAAGCUACACUUACUGUGGAAGAAAUACCAAGUGGAGCUCCAGAACCACCUUUAUUCACUGAAAGGUUCCAAGAAUUAACAGUUCCAGAAAGAGGUAACUUUAAACUUGUAGCAAAAGUUACAGGAAACCCUAUACCAGAGGUCACAUGGUUAAGAAAUAACAGACCUUUGGAAAAAUCAUCGGAUGUAACUGAAAUUUACGAUGGGGAAAAUAUUGUACUGGAGAUAAGAAAUGCUAACUCUGAAACGGAUGCAGGAGAUUAUAAAUGUGUAGCUAUAAAUCCAGUUGGAAAAACAUCUCAUGGAGCUAAAGUCACUGUAGAUGUGGAUAAAGUUAUAUUUAUAAAGAAACUUGAAAAAAGAAAGACUAUUGACGAAUACAAGUCUUUGGAACUAAUUUGUGAAACAUCACAUACAGUGUCUACAACAUGGUGGCACAAUGAUAAAGAAAUUAGCGGUAUGGAUCAUCGUGAAGUCAUAGAAGAAGGAAAAAUUCAUAAACUUGUUAUUAAACGCGUUACUCAAGGUGACGAAGGAAACUAUAAAUGCAUAGUGAAAAAUCAAACAACGUUUUGCAAUGUUAAAGUCAAUGCUACAAAACCUGAAUUUGUGAAAAAACUGCAAGAUUUCGAAGUUAUAGAAAGAAAUUCAGCUAUUCUUGAAGUUGAAAUAACGUCUCAAACUGCUGAUGUGUCAUGGUUUAAAGAUGGCAUAGAAUUAUUUCCAUCUUCUGAAAAGCUAGAAUUUAUUAAAGAAGGAACCGUUAGAAAGCUAUUAAUAAGAUCAUCUUCUAUUCAAGAUGAAGGAGAAUAUACAUGUUUCUUAAGUGAUCAAAAAUGUACAGCAGAAGUUACCGUUGUUGAAUUACCUCCUGAAAUUAUCACAAAAAUGCAAAAUGUCACAAUAGUAAAGGGUGAAAAAGCCAUAUUUGAAAUUGAAUUAACAAAAGGUGAUGCUCUAGUACAAUGGUUUAAGGACGAUCAAGAACUUAAAUUUUCAGAACAUAUUCAACUUUCUAUAGAUGGUAAACGACAAAAACUAAAAAUUUAUAAUUCAGAACUAGAUGAUGAAGGAAUUUAUUCAUGUCGCGUUGGCAAACAAAUUUCUAUUGCAAAAUUAACGAUUGAAGAACCUGAAGUGGAAUUUGUUAAACGUUUGCCUGAAGUAACAUUAAUUUCACUGAAUGAAGAUGCUAUAUUUGAAAUACAAUUAUCCAAACCAGAUAUUCCUGUUACGUGGUUAAGAAAAGGACAAGAAAUUCACGAUUCACCAAAGUAUACAAUAAUAGAUGAAAGAUUUAAAAAAAAAUUAAUCGUAAAAAAUUGUACCAUAGAAGAUGCUUUAGAAUACAGUGUCACUGCUACUAAUGUCAAAUGUUCUUCAAAAUUGAAAGUUAAAGUUAUAGAAGCACCGCCGAUAAUCAGUAUGAAUUCACCAAAUAUAUACAGAGUUAAGGCUGGUGAUGAUAUAGAAAUGAAUGUAAACUUUACUGCUGCACCAAAACCAACAGAUGAGUGGACUGUUAAUGGCAACUUAAUUCAAAAAUCAAAACGUAUUAUUCAAACUCUAAAUGAUGAAUUUGCUGCAUUAACUAUAAGGAAAGUACAAAAAUCAGACAUUGGAGAUUACACUUUGAAAGUUACUAAUGUACAUGGAGAUGCCACUAUAAAUAUUAAGCUCAUUGUCAUGCAAAUUCCAAAUGCUCCCGAUACUCCUGAAGCUAUUGACGUAACAAACGAUAGCGUAACAUUACAAUGGAAUGAGCCAGAAUUUGAUGGCAAUUCACCAAUUAUAGAAUAUAUUUUGGAAUAUCGUGAAAAGGAGGCAAUAACUUGGACUAAAGUAUUGGAAAUAAUAACAACAACUGAACAUACUGUAAAUAAAUUAAUAACUGGUAGAGAAUAUGUAUUUCGAAUAAUAGCCGUCAAUUUAAUCGGACCGAGUGAACCUUCAACAAAUUCAAAAUUAAUAAAAAUUAUGGAUGCAUCACAAUUACCUCAAAAUGAACCUGGUUCACCAAGAGGUCCAUUAGAAAUUUCAGGAAUGACCGCAACUUCAUUUACCAUUAAAUGGGAAACACCUGAAGAUGAUGGAGGAUCACCAAUUACUGAAUACAUCAUUGAAAUGAAAGAAACUUCAAUGAAAUCAUGGAAGAAGGUAGGGACAACAAAGGGAGAUAUAACACAUGUUGGAGUGUCAGAUUUAAUCACUGAUACUCCAUAUGACUUUAGAAUAACUGCAAAAAAUAAAAUAGGUCUAGGAUUACCUUUUGUAUCUAAGGAGCCUAUUACCUCCGGUAAAAUAUUAAAAAUAACAAAAAUUUCUGAAAGUAGAAUAUAUGCUUUACUCGGAAGCUUUCCCGAAACAAAAAUUAUUAAUUAUAAAACACCACCGUCACCACCAACAAAUGUCCAUGUUACCAAUAUUACAACUCGAAGCGUAACGUUAAAUUGGUCACCACCAACGAGUACAGGAGGGGCUGAUCUUACAGGAUAUAUAAUUGAAAAAAGGCCUUUAACUGGAAAAGGAUCAAAAUGGACUAAAGUUGUUACUUUAGAUGGAACAAUAAAUUCUCAUGUUAUCGAAAAUUUAAAAGAAAAUGAAUUUUUAUUUAGAGUAUUCGCUGAAAAUAAUAUAGGUUUAAGUGCAGCCACGACGUCAGAGCCUGUUCUUCUGAAAUCACAUGCUAUACCAUCGCCACCAACAGCACCUUUGGAAAUAAGACAAAUAGCUGGCAAUACAAUUGCAAUGGAAUGGGGAAGACCCGAAUUCGAUGGUGGUGCUCCGCUUGAGGCUUACAAAAUUGCCGUGAGAGAUGUGAAGAAGACGAUGUGGAUGGAAGUUGGUCGAGUAAAUGCCGGCAUACAAAAGCUGACUAUCAGGGACUUACAGGAGAAUCAUGAAUAUCUUUUUAGAAUCUAUGCAAAAAAUGAAAUUGGUUGUAGUGAACCAUUAGAGUCUGAAGAGCCUUUUAAGAUUUUACCUGCAUCAGACUUGGCAGUCAUAGAACCAGUCGCUGAGGUACCAGAUCGAGGAGAAACAACAUCCCUAAGCUUUAGUACAGAAAAUACGAGUUCUUGGCUUCGCGAUCACAACAUGGAUGCAGACAUCCAUUCUUAUGCCAGAGCACGACUUCUCCGAAAGGAUGAGUAUUUCUUCCGAAUCUGGCUCAAUGCGAAGAAACUGUUUAAAUAAGUUAAAUUUAUAAUUAUUUUAAUAAGCAUUUCCAUGAGUAUUAUGAAUUCUGUUCGUGUACUAUUCUUCCGAUUAUUAAAA